CUGAGGCUCCUCAAGACUGAGGAAGGAAGAAAAUAUCCUAGAUUCUUCCAUCUAAGUGGAACGUCUGAGAUUUAUGACUGCUGAGAGCUGUGGCUGGGACCUGUAGUGAGGAAAGAAGAAACAAUGGCAGCCAGAGGGUCAAGCUUCCCCAGACAGAGGCAAGUGCUAUUUUUCUUUCUGUUCUGGGAACUGUGUUUGGUAGGCUCUGAAUUUGCACGUUAUUCUGUAACCGAGGAAACAGAAAGGGGGUCCUUUGUGGCGAAUCUGGCAAAGGAACUAGGGCUAGGGGUGGAAGCGCUGGCUGCAAAGCGAGCUAGGGUGGUUUCUGAUGAUAACAAACAGCGUUUGCUCCUGGAUUUUCACACUGGAGAUUUGCUCACAAAUGAGAAACUGGACCGGGAGAAGCUGUGUGUCUCCACAGAGCCGUGCAUACUCUAUUUCCAAAUUUUAAUGGAUAACCCCUUUCAGAUUUACCGGGCUGAGCUGAGAAUCGUGGAUAUAAAUGAUCACUCACCCACUUUCCAGGACAAAGAGAUGAUUUUAAAAAUACCAGAAAGCACAGCAGUAGGAGCAGCGUUUCAAUUACAAAGAGCACUAGACUCAGAUGCAGGACGCAAUGGCAUCCAAAACUACACCAUCAGCCCCAACUCGCCUUUUCAUAUUACAAUUCAUGACAGCGACGAAGGGGUGAUAUACCCAGAGCUGGUGCUAGACAAACCUCUAGAUUGGGAAGAAGAGCGGGAGUUCAGUUUAAUACUCACCGCAUUUGAUGGCGGGUCUCCGCCCAGGUCAGGAACAGCCACUGUACGUAUUCUGGUCUUGGACAUCAAUGAUAAUGCCCCGCAGUUUUCCCAGGAACUUUAUCAAACCCAGGCUCCAGAAAAUAGCCCAGUAGGACUUCCUCUUGUUAAAGUCUCUGCAGAAGAUGUGGACUCAGGAAUCAAUGCAGAAGUAUCCUAUUCGUUUUUUGAUGCUUCCGAAGAUAUUCGAGCAACCUUUCAAAUCAACCCUUUCUCGGGGGAAAUCGUGCUCAAAGCGUUGCUUGAUUAUGAGUUAGUAAAGUCCUAUAAGUUAAAUAUACAGGCAGUUGAUGGUGGAGGCCUUUCUGCUAAAUGUACAGUUUUAGUUCAUGUUUUAGACAUCAAUGACAACUCCCCAGAACUGAUCAUAUCAUCACUUGUCAACGAAAUUGUUGAGAACUCUCCCGAAACCGUGCUGGCAGUUUUUAGGAUCAACGACAGAGACUCUGGAGAAAAUGGAAAGACCGUUUGCUACAUUCAAGAAAAUCUGCCUUUCCUUCUAAGACCUUCAGUAGACAAUUUUUACAUCCUAACGACAGAAGAAGCUCUGGAUAGAGAGACCAGAUCACAAUACAACAUCACCAUCACAGUCACGGACAUGGGCACACCCAGGCUCAUGACCCAGCACACCAUAACAGUGGAGGUCUCUGACGUCAACGACAAUGCCCCCGCCUUCACUCAAACCUCCUACACACUCUUUGUUGAGGAGAACAACAGCCCCGCCCUGCACAUAGGCACCAUCAGCGCCACAGACUCAGACUCAGGCUCCAAUGCCCACAUCACCUACUCGCUGCUGCCCACCCAAGACCCACAGCUGGACCUCUCCUCGCUCAUCUCCAUCAAUGCCGACAAUGGGCAACUAUUCGCGCUCAGGGCGCUGGACUAUGAGGCCCUAAAGACCUUUGAGUUUCUUGUGGGCGCCACAGACCAAGGCUCGCCUGCUCUCAGCAGCCAGGCGCUGGUGCGCGUGCUGGUGCUGGACGCCAAUGACAAUGUGCCCUUCGUGCUCUACCCUCUGCAGAACGCCUCUGCGCCCUUCACUGAGCUGCUGCCCAGGGCGGCAGAACCUGGCUACCUGGUCACCAAGGUGGUGGCUGUGGACCGCGACUCUGGCCAGAAUGCCUGGCUGUCGUUCCAGCUCCUCAAAGCCACGGAGCCAGGGCUGUUUAGCGUAUGGGCUCACAAUGGCGAGGUGCGCACCUCCAGGCUGCUGAGUGAGCGCGAUGUGCCCAAGCACAGGCUGCUACUGGUGGUCAAGGACAAUGGCGAUCCUCCGCGGUCUGCCAGUGUCACUCUGCAUGUGCUGCUGGUGGAUGGCUUCUCUCAGCCCUACCUGCCUCUGCCAGAGGUGGUGCGCGACCCUGCCCAAGAUGAGGAUGCGCUCACGCUGUACCUGGUUAUUGCCUUGGCAUCUGUGUCUUCACUCUUCCUGUUGUCUGUGCUGCUGUUUGUGGGGGUGAGACUGUGGAAGAGGGCCAGGACAUCCUCGCUGAGGGCCUGCUCCGUGCCAGAGGGACACUUUCCUGGCCACCUGGUGGAUGUCAGCGGCACGGGAACCCUGUCCCAAAGCUACCAAUACGAUGUGUGUCUGAUGGGAGGCUCUUCUGAUACCAAUGAUUUCAAGUUCCUGAAACCAAUAAUACAUGCCGAUGUUCAUGCUCAUGGCUCCCAGAGCAAUGGUGAAGAAAAGCCCAUAUUUUGACGUCUCUAUUUUUGAGUAUGUUUCAUCCAUUUCAUAUAUGGUACAGCCAUAUGAAUGCUAGUUUAGUUGUGCAGUAAUUGCAACCCAAGACAACACAACUUCAUUUCAACUUCCAAGUAGGUCACGUUUACAUUCUUCCAAUAUUUUUACAGUAGUGAUUAUUUUUAAUAGAAUAUGUACCACUUUAAGUUUUAGGUUUGGUUCUUUCAUAGCGCACAAUAAUUUGAUGUUAUUUUUCAUUACAGAAAGUUGAGAUUUGGGGGUUUUAUUGUUUUCUUUUCUUUUCUUGCUAAUCACUAAUCCAAGUCUUUUGCAUGCUAAGCAAAUGCCCUGCCACUAAGCUUUACCUCUAGCUAGUCAUUUUUUAAAAGUCUAGUAUUUUAACUCUUUGACUUUGACAAUUUCAUGCAUCUAUGUCACGCAUUUUGUUUUUUAUAACCUCUUGCCCUGUCUUCCUGCAACUCCCAUUACUUCCCUUGCGCUCUCCCCAUUGUUUAUGAUUUUGAAUAUUCUGAUGAUUCCCGUGUUAGCAUACUAUUUAAUGGGUUUCAGCAUGACUUCUGCAAACAGAGGUUUCAUUCAUUCCUAACAUCUGCUGUUCCCCUGGUUCCCUUCCUUCUCCCUGCAGGUCCCCCAUUCUGCUUUCUGUCACAGGUAUUUCAUUACCCUUUCUCUCCUUUCCCAAGAGCUCUUUCUGGUGUUCAUGUUUGCUGUCAUAUAAAACAGAUUGUGUCAAGUAAUGCAAAUACAGUGUAAUAGUCUGCAUGAAAAUCAACAUAAAUUUGAACACAUUUACAUUUCUGUGUGAUAAUAUUUAUGGACUGUUGGAAACAUACUUUUCAUUUUAUAUUGCUACUUAAAGAACUGUCCAACUUAGAAAUUGAGAUAAAUUAAAGGUUAUAGAAAAAAUUUCAUCUCCAGCCCCUUUCUACACAGUUCUUCAAGUGUAAUCUGCUUCCAGGUGAUGUGUUUAGA